UGUAACAGACAUGGUGGACAUGGAAUGAAGUGAAUGUGUACAAUUAUUGUUUUGACGUUGUUUAAUAUAUGUUUUAGAAAAAUGGGCAGUCCCAACCUGCAUAAAAUAUGCCGGUUAUGUAUGUCACAAACGGGAGUGAUGGUACAAAUCUUUGAAACACCUGAAACAAAAGAGCAAUCUGUCCCGUUGCCAGUCAGAAUAAUGAUGUGUGUUUCUAUUAAGGUAAUGGCAGGCGAUGGCCUCCCUUCGAGGAUAUGCCGUCAAUGUAUUCGUCAACUGGACAGGUGGUAUGCUUUCAAACAGAAAUGUGAGAAUUCAGAUGUUGCACUGCGUCAGUUUGCCAUAAAACUAAAGCCUGAAUUGGUCUCUGUAAAGGAUGAAUGUGAAGAUACAGAUGGUAUUGGUAAUUAUAAUAAUAAUGGUGAUGAUGAUGAUGGAAUUGAAGAGGCUGAAGAUAAACUGAAGAUAGAAUUAAAUGAGGAACAAGGCAGUUUAGAUAUUGAUACAGAUGAUAAAUAUGAUGAAAAUGAUUCGUUACAAUCACAAAUGAAUUCCUCAGCAGAAGAAGGUGAUGGCUCAGGUCCUGGAGAAGAGGUGAGUCCACAAGGAGGGAGAGGCACUGCCAAGAAGAAACGGUCAGGGAAUCGUACUCAUCAGUGUGAUGUUUGCCAAAAAGUGUUCACACAGGCUGGAGACCUUCAGAUUCAUAAACGCAUUCAUUCAGGAGAACGACCUUAUAUCUGCGACAGCUGUGGGAAAAGCUUUCCUUCAUCAUCAAAUUUAGCUCGGCAUAAACGCACACAUUCUGGCGAACGUCCAUUUGCAUGUCCACUUUGUGCCAAGCGCUUCUCAGUUCGUAGUGCUCUGCGGGAACAUGAGAAUGUUCAUUCAGGUAAAAAACGUUUUUUAUGUCAGGAAUGUGGGAAAAGUUUUGCUCAGAAAGGUAAUUUGAAGAUUCAUGAAAUGCUUCAUACAGGGGAGAAACCACAUGCUUGUCAGGUAUGUGGAAAAUGCUUUGCUCUUCGUGGUAAUCUGAAGGACCACCUUAAUAUUCACUCACGUGAACGUCCCUUCCAGUGUAUUCAGUGCUCUAAAAGGUUUACACAACGCUCCACUCUCAAGGAACACCUAAAAGUGCAUUCUGGGGAACGACCAUUUCCAUGCCUUCUUUGUGGCAAAAGCUUUGCAUACCGUAAAACAUUAAAAAUACACAUGAACAUUCACACUGGGGAAAAACCCCAUCAGUGUCAUCUUUGCAGCAAGAGUUUCUCUGAGCGCAGUCAUGUAAAGCGACAUAUGAAGAUACACAGCCUUGUGUAACAUUUUAUUUGCUUUUAAUAUUUGCUGCUGCAGUAAUGAUGACAGUAUUAAGAGACAAAAGGGAGGAAAAGAACUGAGACUGUAAAUGGUCAUGGCAUUUGGAAGGUGCAGGGUUCAAGUCUCUGUCUAGAGAUUGGCCAUCCUUAGUGCCGUAUUUUUUUGGCUGUCCCCGGAGAACCAUCUUGCUGAUGUGUAGAAACAUUUUUCGAAGAAACAUGGAAGCAGAAGGUUGGAACUCUGAGACUUCUUUAAAUUAAGAUGAGCUACAGUUGAGUGAAUAUUGAGCCAUGAAACCUUAGCACCUGCUCUGCCACAGUGUGGGAAGCGUGCUGUAACACCUUACAGCAACAGUCAGAAUUACUGGGCUUUUUGUACUUUGUCCAUCAUCUGGUAUUAUAAAAACUAGAGAACAAAACGUUUUGGAAACUGGAUCUGUUUCCAUCCUCAGGAUGGAGCAUUCUCUGUAGACCACUGCCUGACAAUCACUAUUAUACUUUGUAGGAGUGAACUGUAAUUAUGUUUCCAUCACCAUAAGCCCAACACAAUAAUAUAACACCCCCUGCAACAUCAACUUUAGUAUGAGAUGAGAGAUCUUUGCCCAACCUGAUGGUCCAUGUUCUUGAGGAAAGAGCACCUGGUAUCUCUUGAAUAGGAGGCUGAAUGAGGCCCAGAGCUCGUUCCAGACACAGUGAUGAACAGAAAAUGUACCAUUGCCAGAAAUCAAACCCUGCUCACCCAGUCUGUAGACAGUCAACUGAAUGAGCUGUCAUGAGUCUGUAUAGAUUACAGAAACUAGUAAAUAUUAAUUUAAAAUAUUUAAUUUGCUGUAUCCAAGGCAAACAGCCAAGCAGUCAGUGAGGAAGCAGUGGGCUGGUUGAAUAGACAACAGUAAUGUAAUUUAAAUGUUCUUAGAACCGUGGUUGUACAGUUUCAGGGGUUUAGUACCAUGUUAGUUGUAGCUGUCAAGUGCUUUAUAUUUCUUUUGGCCCAGAGGGAGCACAGUCUCACAGUGCAGCCUCAUCUCUUAUCCUCUCCUCUCUCUAGAUCCUACCCCAGUCCACUGACGGCCAUACUCAUGAUGACCACAAUUCAGGCCAACUCAUCUUCAUACACAUUUCGUGAUAGUUUGCCUUGCUACAUAAACUUAUGUACAUAGGGUGAGGUUCAGGUACAGAGUCUACUCAUGCGUCACUAGCAAAGAUAUUUUGUGAGACCAUAAUAAAGUGAAUAUUGGUUUGAGAUUUGGAGUUCUCACAGCAGUAGCUAUUACAGUUACUGACAUCUGAGAUGUGAUGCCAUCUAAACUGGUAAGCAGGUACAUAUCUCCUAGAACAGGGUUUCCCUGGGUGCCCUGAAGCUUUCUUCCACAGGCCUCCAAAAAUGCUAAAGGUCUGAUUAUAAUACAAGGUAAUUCAUAAGUCCCUCCAGAACUUCCAAACUUGGCAGUGCCACAAGGAAGACAGACACACCAGAAAGGAGCAUGUAAGUAGAUAAGGAAUCUCUCCAAGUUUGUUUGGGUAAUAGGCACCAUGGCGUACUUGCAGGUUUCACCA